CUUACUAUAAGGAGUUUUGUUGUGUAAGAUAAAUAUUUUCUGAAACCAUGUUGUUCAUUGUUUAACAAAUGUCAUUAUGGUCUGUUUGACUGUUCUUUCCAGUAUUUUAAUCACAACACUGGUGAGGCUGACAGGUCUGUAGUUCGAUGGAAGUUGUCUUGGUCCUGUUUUAUGUAUGGGAGUGACGAUCGCAUCCUUCCAGUUCAUAGGUAACACACCUCGGUCAAGUGACACAUUGAAAAUCACGAUGGAUUUGUGAUCGUUUUGGAAAAUAUUCUUAACAUUUAAUUCACAAGAUGGAGAUGGCUGAUUCGAAUUGUGUUGAUUUCCUACCUACUCCAAACUGUGUAUAUACACUUAGUGAAGUCACAGAUGUACAGUCCAAUUUCCUUCCAACCAAAGUAACUAGUCAAGUUGAUACUCAGAAUUACGCAUCAGAUGAACUUUCAGCUACAUAUACUGGAUUGUGUUGCUCCAUAUGCCACUGUUUUUUCAAUUCUCCCGAUCAAAUGUCUAGACACUUGAAUAUCCAUAAUACCGGCAAACCGUAUGUUUGUUCUCAUUGUAAUGCUUCAUUUAACCAAGCUGAGAAUUUGUAUGUACAUAUUUCAUUAUAUCACACAAUAUGUGAAAAUCAAGACCAUUACAAUUGCUGUUUAUGUGACAAGCGAUUCCUUCGUUUUACUGCAUACAAAUCACACUUGUUACUACAUCAAAUCGACGAGAAUUUUAUUUGUUCCGUUUGUCAACAGUCGUUCGAAUCAGUCACAUUGUAUGAAAAGCAUUUACAUGCAUGCACAAAAACCAUUGUCAUUAAUAAACCUCCAUCUCAAUAUCGAUGUCGAGUUUGUGGAAUGCUUUUAUCUUCUGUUGGUAAAAUUAAACAACAUUAUCGCCGUAGGCACCCUUGUUAUCGUUCACAUCCUAUCGAAAAUCCUAGGGUAAUCACAGAAACUAAUCUGGAACCAUCGACAGAUAUAAAUGCAGGAAAUAUCAGAAGUAGCAAACUCCGUGCUACUGGUCACCUUUCAACUAUAAUAAAAAGGGGCCAGCGUCAAAGUAAGAACUCGCUUUCUAUGUUGGAUCAGCUCAUUUAUCAACUUCCUGCUGAACAACCAAUUAUCCAGGACAGUUCUCAUGCAAUAAAAUCGAAUCACAAAAAGCGAAAAACUCCCUAUUUCUGUUCAGUAUGCCAUAAAAAAUUUGUCAAACCAUCCUUACUUAAACGUCAUAUGACAAUCCAUACAAAAAAUAAAUCUUACGAGUGUGUAUUAUGUCACGCUAGAUUCACCCAAAAAUCUUCUGCAAAAACACAUGUACUUCUUCAUAUUAGUGCAUUGAAUAUCCAUCCAAGCUACCAUUCCACAGAAAAUGGCAUAGAUUCAUCGCUCCCCGUGUUGGCUGUAAAUAAUGAAUCACAGGAUAGUGUUACAAACAGAUUACCUUGUUUAGAUUCUCAUGUGAAUUCUGGUAUUGAAAUCUUGACUUUUCCGAAUGAUAAUGAUACUUUAAACUGUACAACUCUGCCACAUAAUUCUGUUGUGUUGCAGUCAUUUAUUCCCCAGUAUCAUGCAACGGAAAGUAACUUGAAUCGAAUAAGACCUGAUCACGCUGACCACAAUCUUAUUCCCACAGUUUCUAACUCAAAUCUUGAAAUGGAUUAUUCUUAUCCCCAAAUGUUUAGUUGUCCAGUGUGUUAUAAAAGAUUUCAACUGUCUAGAAGCCUGAGAGUACACAUGCUACGUCAUUCUAUGGUUGGCUGUAAAAGCUGCGAACAGACCCCGAUUUCUCAAAACUCAAUUCAGCCGAAAAAUACUCAAAAUAGGUUGAAUACCAAACCAUGUGAUAAAUCGAAAAAAUCUUGUUCAAGAAAGCUCUUACAUAGAUUUAAUCGUUGUAUUCAUUGCUUCAAGGUUUUUCGAUCUGUAAAUCGCUUAAAAAUGCAUAUUUACAAAACCCACCUUGGGAGGUGUACUGUAUUUAUGUGCAGCAAAUGUCCUCGUAGAUUUAUAUCCAGCCUGGGUUUAAAAAGACAUGUGAAUCUACGUCAUCGUUGUGUUAAAAGUAACAAUAUCUGUCCUAUAUGUCAAACUUUGUUUUUGAAUUUGUCAGCAUUAAAGCGUCAUAUGGACAUACAUUCUAGUGAGCGGCUGUUCAGCUGCUAUAUAUGCCACAAGAGAUUUCAGUUCCUUCAUUCUUGUCGUAAGCAUCUACUUAACCAUUCCAUUAUCAAACGUAGUAAAAAACAAAAACACGGUGUACGAAAAUUGUCGGAAUCUUGCUCAUCUGAUAUGGUAACGAUCCCUAAAUACCCUGUUCUCCAGACUGUGAUUAUAGAUAGCUCAUCUAAAUCAAAAGAUGCAGGUUCGUACUCGGAUCCCAACAUUACCGCAAGUGACUUUAUGAAUACAGUUGAAAAGUGUUCUUUAUAUAAUAAUACAGGUCCAAAUACCUUUAGAUCAGAUGGUCUAUCAGUUGUAGUUCAUGUCCAAUCGCCGUCAAAUAAUGCAAGUAAUAUUUUUGUCCCACUACCGGAAUCAGUUUCCCAACAUCAAACUCUCGAUUUUCCUACUGUAAACAAUCUCAGAGAUAACUUAAAUAACCUCGAAAAUUCAGAAAUGAUCAGCGUAGCCGCUAAACCUUACAGCGAAUUCUCACAACACCAAACAGGUCUUUGGAUCGAUUCUUCAGUUGAAAACCAAUCUUACUGUGUCCCAAACAUUCCACCAAGUGAAGUAAAUCAAACUAUUGAUUUGUUGGUCAUUGAUGGAUCUCAAGCAUUUAGCUCAAGAGAAGUACCUACUGAGGGUUCACUUGAUGCCUACGAAGAACCUGUUUUAUUGGCUCCAGAUAAUGUAGAUUCCUCGAAAUUCCCUUCAAAUCUCAACAUUGACCCUUUAUUUAAUACUCAGUCUUUUAUGUGUGCUGUUGAACCGCUAGACAAAGACCUGACAACUAAUACUUGUUAUGCCUCAAGUACAUAUACAACUAACAUAAAUACUGCUGUUUCUGUAGUGAAUGAUUGCAAUCAAGCUAGUAAUACUAAUCUUGAUUAUAAAACUCUUCGACCUUCCGAAAGGACAUGUUUAAAUGUUGACAAAUCAUGUUCAUUUGAAAAAGAAACCUCUGACAUCAUUGAAUCAAAUUCAUUCCCAAUUUUGUCGACACAGCAGCUGUAUGGAUGUGGGUUAUGCAACAUGGUGUAUGAAGAUGCAGAAAGUUUACUUCAGCAUAAUCGUAUAUCUCACAAUAAUGUUCCGAAGUCAUUUUCAUGUUCUAGUUGUCCACGUAGUUUUACAAAUCCAACUCUACUUCUUAGUCAUUCGCGUAUACAUAAUCCAGAAUAUGAUGGGAUACUGAACUGUCCUUUGUGUCCCAUGUCCGUAUUCACCAAGCAGUCGGCUCUUAGUCGCCAUAUUAUCUAUUGUCAUCCACUGCCUCUCUCAGAACCGUUUAUGUGCUCAAACUGUGGCAUACGAUUCAUGAUGCUUCGUAGUCUAAAAUCUCAUGUAAAUAAUAUUUUGAAUGGUUUUGAUAUAUGUGUAUCUAAGUCAACAUUAGAACAACAAGAAAGUACCAAUAAUACGAUUAAUAAUGAACUACUGAAUGGUCAAAAUCCAAGUAAAUUCAACAACACGUCUAGUUUAAAGAGAAACACCCAUCAUAUAUCAAGUUUGUCCUCUAAUUUGGUUGACGAAAUAGCAAAGUUACAACCAUCAAAUCAUUUGUCUUUAUCGGAAAAAUAUUUAAUUAAAGCUGCUAGAGAACGCGUUGAAAACACUGUUAGUUUUCCAAAAGUACUGAUAGAUUCACAUUCACUGAACCACCAGUCUAGCUUCCCAGUCAGUGGAAAUAUUUGUAAUAUAUGUAAUAAAAACUUUACAAAAAAAUCAGACCUUCGAUAUCACCUCAAUGUACAUUCUGGAAUUCGACCAUAUGAAUGUGAUAAAUGCCAUCGACGGUUUAUGAAACAUUCUCAACUUCGUCAACACAAAUUUAAAGUACAUGAAUUAAAUAUGUCUAAAAUAGUCAUGACAUCGAAAAAGAAGGCAUUAAUGAAACAUGCACUUUUCUGUCAUUUAUGCGGUUUUGGAUUUUCCUCUAGAAGCAGUCUGCGCUUACAUGUAAGAUUACAUACUGGUACUCGAGGUUAUGGUUGUCCAUAUUGUAAUUCUGUUUUUCAUAACCCUAGUCAUAGAAAACGUCACUUACUCAAUUGUAAAGCGAGACGUCAAAGCAGCAACGAAUUGAAUCCUGCUAAUUUUUCAUCUACUUUGGAUAAUAAUAUUUUUUCAAAUAAUGUUAUGAACAUAAAUCAUCCUGAAGAGGAAACUAUUAGUGAAGCACAUCAAAUGAAUCGUUCUUUUAAAGAUUGUAUCUGUGGCAAUGGAGUUUCUGAACACUGUACUAAAUGUACUCUUUAUUUGGAUAUAUUAUUAUACUCGGAAGAAAUACAAACGAAUGAUAAGGUGAUUAACAACCAAGUUUUAGAUGUACCAAAUAAUUCUGGUUCCGAACCAGUCGAUAUGUCAACGGUUUAUCUUGAAAUCACGGACCAUGAUAUUAAUAACAAUCCUGAAAAACCCUUUAUAAGUCAAAAUAUUCCAAACACCAUGGAUAUUGUAGAUGGGCAACAGUGCCAAUAUCUUUUAGCCUCAACUUGUGAUAUGACUGAACUCAACCAACAUUUUAUUCCUAUCAAUAAUAACUUAGACAAUGCAAUUAAUAUCCAUGAUAGUAAUAAUGAUAUAAGUAACGACACUAAUCCGGUUGUUUUGUAUUCAGAUGAAAAUAUAUUUGAUUUUGUACCAUGUGAAGAUAUCUACUCUAAUAAUACUCUACAUAAUAAUCCCGAAUACUUGACUACUGCUUUAGGAAAUGAACCGAUAAAUUCUUCCACAAACACUAUUACUACUGAUAAUGCAAUUAUAAGUAGUCAUAACCAUGAUGAUGAUAAUAAUAAUCUAACUACUCAUCUGACAAAAGUUAAAUCCAAUCAUAAUAAAAAAUUUCAACGUUUAUUCAAUUGUACUAUAUGUCAUAAAACAUUUACUAAAAAUUCAUCAUUAACUAGACAUGAACGAAUUCAUAAUAUGAUUAAACCUUUUAUUUGUCGUUAUUGUAAUGCUAGUUUUACACAAAGUUUCAGUUUAACUAGUCAUGAAUUAAUACAUAUCGGGGAAAAACCAUAUCAAUGUUCACAAUGUAAUGUUAGUUUUCGUCAAUUAUGUAAUUUAAAAAGGCAUUUAAAAUUAAUUCAUAAAUAAAUAUAUAUUAUAUAUAUACAGCAUAAUAGUCAUAGUUUUUUUUCCUUCUUUUAAUAAAUUGAUGGAUGGAGUUAUACUUUUAUAAUGUAUAUUUAAAUUGAAUAUUUAAUGUGUUAUUUUGAAUCGAAUAUCCAUAUUUGAAUGUUAUACAUUCAAAUGAAACUAUUGAUGAUACAUAAUGAUGUAAAGGAUUUGAUGAAUGCCAGUACUUGAUUGUGAUAAAUCAUAAUUAGAUUGUAAAAUACGUUUAUAUUAAAUUUUUCUAUCUCUAUCUCUCCAUUUUACUAUCUAUGUAUGUCUGUAAAUAGAUAAAUCACUAUGUUUUGUAUUACGGUUUAUUUGUGUAUAAAAUUUUGGAAAAAAAAUAUAUGACACUAGUCAUAUGUUUUACGCUGUAAUCAUUUUAAUAUUAAGUAGUUAAUUUGAUUAGUUCCUAAACUUGAUCCAGAUCGAUUUUUGAUGUAUAUUAUAUUCAUUGGAUAUUGUAUUGUAUGUCUUAAAAUAUUGUUUAAUUAAUUGUUUUUGAAAUGUAUAAUCUGCCACCAGAUAAGGAUGGCAAAUCAAUUAAUGAAGUAGUGAAACUUCAUCAGUUGAGAUGGCUGAGACACGUGUUACGUAUGCCUAACCAUCGACUGCCUCGACGUGCGAUGUUCAUUG